CAUUUACUUAAGCGUCUUCUGAGUGAUGGCUUUGGGCCAGCCAUGACAAGCGAUCCGGAGUCCACGGAGUUCGUGUACACCUCCAGCGGUGUGGACUCCACCGAUGGCUCCGCGGAGUCCGAUGGCUCGAAGACGCUGAUGCUGCGGAGCCGCCGCCGGCGGUGUUUGCCCGUGUGCAGUGCCCAGCGUGUUUGCCAUUGGUGCUAUGUCUGGCAGUUUCUGUUGUUCCUGAUGAUCUUCCCGCUGUGGGUGAAGUGGCUCCUCGUGAACCCCAAGCCUAGACAGUUCUGGUAUGAGGACUAUGGUCCUUUUCCGCUUCUGCCCGGAGAUUUUGACAGUGAGGAAGUGCUGCAGCAGCAGAUGAAGCCCAAGAUCCACAUGAGUGCCAUUCCACAAUCUUCAAGUGAGUGCAAUUACAGCUGCUCAGCUUGGCGUGGAUACCGCACGGAGGAGAUGAACUUCCGUGUGAGCUUGUCGUUGAACGACUCCGCGUUGACCCAGGCUCAUGCGCACACGGUCUAUCCGGUGCUCUUGGCCUCAGCUGACUUCCAGGACUGGUGGGUGGUCAGUGAUCGUCGUUUCGCUCACCCGAGACCGUUUUGGAGUGAGCACACGGCUCAAUCAGGUGCAGUCUUUGUCCAUUCUACUCCCUCUUGUUCACGCCCACCUGCCAAGCCGCAAGAAAUGCCAUCUGGGCUUAGUGGAGCUUAUGUCUUGGCCUGUAUGACUUGGGAUCCUGAGCGUUUGGAGCAGCUCUCAACCGCCAAAGAGGUCACAGAUGUGCAGAUUGCCACUCUUUGCUCCUCAGUUGGUGGUGUUUGCGGGUGGAGCUGUGGUUCGACACAUCUACCUCAGAAUUUACCAGGUUGUAGUGCACAGGGAAAGAUCGAGGUGUCUCCGAAGUCCUUUGCUGGCAAGACCUUUAGCCAGGCCAACUUCCAGGGCGAGGUCUCCAUGAAGCAAUGCCCAGAGGUUGACGAGGUUGGCGAGUGCCUGACCAAAGAGUCGCCCUUCUCGCACUGGAGAUGUCACAAUUGCAAGUACAAUCCCAACGAGAUUGAGGAGGACUCCUUCCGACGCCUUCAGAUCCCUGGCAUGCCCGGCAUCCCGGGGCUUACGGGCUUUCCGGGCGUGCCGCUGCCCGGCGAUGACACCGAUGGGGGCGGCAUCGGUGGGCUCUUCUCAGGGGAUGGUGAAGAUGCAAAAAGCUCCUACAUCUAUGCAUCCUUGCCCAAAUUUCAGGUCUCUGUACGUGGAUUAGGCCAACCACAAGGGGACAGCAUCCUCUCCCAACCUGCAACGGUGAUCCUGGAGACGUCGGAAGCCACGCCGGGUAUAUGGCGUCCUUUGUACGAGGCAUACGUGAAGACGAAGCCGCCCGUUCCGGUCGAUGCUGCUGGAGAUCCAAUCACGAAAGUUUUGGAUGAAGACCUUGAAGAGGGGGUCGGCCCCAUUAUUGGCGACUUUGCUCGCUUCCGCAUGCAUUUUCAGCAGCAGAACAGGUUAACCAUGGAUCCGCAUUGGUGCUACGGCAAGCAGGGCCCCCUCUAUUUGGUGGCCUGCGCCAUUAACGGCUCAGUCUAUCGCCAUGAGGACUUCAAGGGCUUCACUGCUGGUCAAAAAGCAGCUCCUCCUCCAUUCAAUGACAGAUGUCUUGAAGUUUCUGGACGUUGUGCUCAUGCCUGCCUUCUCCAUCAGCCUUCCAUGCCAAACUGCACAGCAGAUGGACGAAUCCUCCAAUCAGCAUUAGUUGGCCCGGUGCAGUGGGAGACCAACAAUUCCACGCCGGUGCGAAUCCUAUGCUACAUGCUGAUCCUUUGCUUCUCAUUGAAGGUGGUCUUGCUUUGCCCUGGCAUCUUCAGCUACUAUUCACACUACCGGAGGUAUGAUCCAGAUCUCACCAGUAGCCUCAGAUGCAUUAAUGUUUGCAUCGCCAGCAGCGGAGAGAAGAAGUCCAUUACUUUGAGGAGCCUGAUUGGUGCGGUGGCCUGUAUGCCGAAGGCAUGUGAGUGUCGCUUCCAUGUCACUCUUGCCGACGACCACCACCGAACAGAGCAGAAGCAGAUGAUGGAGAUUUUCACCAAAAUUUUGGAUGCAAUUCCAGGUUUUGACGAACCCUACUCGCUGGAAGAGAACGUGCGACAGUUCUUCCAUGUUUGGGUGGAAGGAACGAAACGAAUCGAUAUCAGCAGACUUAGAGCUGAAGGAGGCUUGGAGAAGGAAGCCGCUGAGUAUCUCAGUGGUCGUGUGACUCUCCAAACCCUGCGGGAAAACACCUGGUCAUGGAUGGAUGGGCGGUACCUCAUGCAGUUGGAAACCGUGGUUGAACAGCUCUACGAGGCUUUGUCCACUACAGAUGAAGAGAAUGUCUUCGACCUGCUGAGCGAUACAGUCCAUGACUGGGAGCCGAAAGAUCGGAAUGCCUUGCCCUUGCGCUUGCACUACCUGGCCAGGGCAAGACCUGAGGAGGAUGAGCGCACUGUGAAAUCACAGCACGUGGCUCCAGGCAUUUACUACUACAAGGUGCCGCAGAAUCCAGACAAUGCCAACUGGCUUCAACUCCGUGGCAAAGUAAAAGAGAUGGUCUAUGGUCUGGAAGAGCAGGACCCCUUCGUGAACUUGGUUCCGAUCCAAAGCAGUCGCGGUCUGCCAGGGGCUCUGAACUUCGCAGCCAACUACAUGUACUUUUUUUCGAGCCGUGCAGAGAACUUGUAUGGAGAUGACCGUGACAUCUCUCCUUACCUCUUCAGCAUUUGUGAUCCAUACCACCAGUACCAGCCCGACUUUUUUCAUACCACAAUUCCACUCUUCUUCAAUCGCUCGGGCGAGUUAGAUGAAGAGGUUGGCAUUACUCAAUGCCCCUUGUACUUCCACGAGAUUGCCGAAGAACUCGACUACUUGGAUGGAAACAAUGCUCAAUUCUUCCGCUUGCACAGUAUGAUCCAGAACUGUUGUGGAGGUGUCAGCGCAUGGGACACCAACAGCACCCGGCUGCUGACCCGAGAGGAUGAUACAUCUUUGUGGAAGUUUGAACGGAAGAGAGUCCGAGAAGCUGACCGGAAAAGGAGAGAGCACUUAGUUGAGCGGCGCUCGUUCCCUGAAACCUGCAAGGUGGAGCACAUUGCUAGCAGCGUGAACCAAGUGCUGAGAGGACAGCAUACACAGUUCAUCAACAGGCGCCUGUCCUACGGCAUGUCACGGAGCGGAACUGAAGCACUUGCUUCCAUGCAGCGCAUGGCUGAGGGCCAUGUCUUGUUUUGGCUGCAGUCCUUCUUUGGUCGGCGUCAGGGCUUCAUGCUUUGGCUCAGCUUCAUUUUCUUCAUCUUCUUCGUAGUAUGGCUCUGCAUCCUGGUGGGGAAUAUCUCCCAGGGCAUGUUGGUCGUGGACAUGGGCGUUCUGCAGAAGAAUACCGUAGAUCGGAUCCUGGCGCCGCUGGUGGACCUUUUCAAAGAGUUUGUGGAGAUCCUGGGCAGCAGCUAUUUUGGGAACAAGCCGAGUCUGAUCAAGAUCUACGUGACCAUGGGCGUGGAGUUUGCCAUUUGGCUUGCAGGCCUGUCGGUUUGCCUCUUGCUCCUCCUACUGGUGACAGAGAUCUUCAAGGCCUUCACUGCCUGUGGCAUUUGCUCCUGUUUCUCUGUGCCCAACGAAAUGCGCCACUGGGCAAGGCUGCUGAUCCGUAUGCAUCAGACCUCUCACUGGGUUUGGGCGUGGCUUCCAGCCUUUUGGAUUGGCUUCAACUACUGGAAUGUCUUCGCGGAGCAGACCUAUCACUUCAACUGCUGGGGUAUGUUCUUAUUCAUUGUCGUCUUGCAGGUCCUCAACUGGGGAAUGAUCAUCGCGGCAUCAAUGAGAAGCACCUUGCAGGCGAGCAUGGAGACCAACGAGGUCAUUUUCCUGUCCAUGGACAACCUUUGGCGGUCGACGCAAAGCCUGUAUGUCACUCUCCCGUUAAAUUUCUACUCCUUCAUCAAAGCCACAGAAGACUACUUACGCUUUCAUUUCUAUGGUGCAGAUGUCACUUUCGAGCCAUACUCUGAAUCCAGUGGCCAACGGGCUCGGACCUCCAUUUGCUUAGUGAAGUAUUGGACCUUGCUGCUGAUCUUAGGUGCAAUUGGAGCUUGGGUUCACUACGGUCUCACUUACUCUGACAGGGACGGUCAGGGCUCUUUGGCAUCCUGCAUUGUGGUCAGCUUGAUCGCACUGGACGUCCUGCAUCCUUGUGCCUAUCUUUGGGUUGGACAGUCCAAGCACAUGAGCUCGGAGAAGGCACAAAGGCUUUCCUGGCUGCAGGCAUGUGUUUCUACUGCCUGGUGGACAAGACUAAUCUCAAAGUUGGUCCUGAACAAGACUCUCUCGACCAUUGUGAAAUGGAUUGGACCCUUGUGCUUCCUGGUUUUGACUCUCCUGUCAUUGGUGAUGCCCUACAUGGGCAUCAACCUGGCUUUCAUGAUGCUGCUGGGCACAUCAACAUACUAGCCAUGGCAGGUCAAGAUAGACAGCACACAAUGCCAAUGGCAACAUCCACAGCUGAAUUUGCUGCCCGGGACUUUCAAAAAGUCCAAGGCCUGAAAUUCGUGAAACUUCUGGUUGCAUCCAGGAUUCACUCGUUUCAGGGUUUUGCCAGACACUUCCAGAAAACCAGACAUUUGGCAAACCCUUUUUGCAUAUCGUCUUUGUUUCCGCGAUUUCCUUCUGUCCAGGCUUUUGGGUGAUACGAGGCUUCCUGGGAGCGUGUUUUAGAGCCACUUUCCGGUGUCCAGAGGAGACUUCUCUCACGCACUCUCGCGUCGAGCUCCUCGCGGUCGGAGAACUGCGUUCUCCUGUUACAACAGUCUUAUCGUAGGUUGGAUCCUUCACAGGAUCCUGGAGCACCAAUUUCUUCAAACUUUUGGAUGCCAAGAACUUGUUUGACUGCAUCGAAAAGCGC